AUUUUGAUCAGCAGUACGAAAUAGACUGUGAUGGUGGUACUUACGUAGUUCGUCGUGGUUUACUAAAAAUUAUACAUUUGUUUUAUUAAUUUUUUUUAUUUUAUCUUGUGAGUGUCAUUUAUUAUGCAUGCACAUUUUUACUCAUACAGUAUAAUAAUACGCAAAUUGGACAAAUAAAUUAAAGCACGUUCGCUGUUCAGUGUUCAGUUUACUUUUGGUCGCGGCGAGCCGAACGUCUUCGAUUUAAACCGUCCGAUAAAGUAAACAUUACAUCGGUUAAUUGACAGGCUCAGAACACGAUACGGGAAUUAUGGUGGUCUGCAGAUUUCAAUCAAAAAGUUGCAUUGUUCUAGUAGGAUUGGUGAUAUUGGUCGCUGUGGUGUCGUUCGUGUUCGUUUACACUCAAAAUGCACCCAAUGGCGAAAUUCCAGACCCGGAAUCCGCGUUGCCACCGUCGACCAUGCCAAUGGGAUCGUACAGCAACGCCGGCGUCGUGUCCAACGGUGGACCGUGCGCACAGAUCGGAGUGGAUGUGAUGCGUAACGGAGGAAAUGCCGUGGAUGCUGCUAUAGCAACAAUGUUAUGUGACGGUGUUUAUUGUCCUGAGUACAUGGGUAUUGGUGGAGGGUUUUUAAUGAGCAUCUACAACGCAACAACCAAAAAAGUAAUGACAAUCAAUGCGCGGGAAAGUGCACCGGCUGCGGCUACUUCUGAAAUGUUUGUAAAAGAUCCCAAAAAAUCGAUGUUUGGUGGCUUGGCGGUUGCGAUUCCGGGGGAACUCAAAGGCUAUUCGACGAUUUAUCACUUGUACGGUGGCAAGGUUUCGUGGGAAUCAUUAUUUGAGCCAACUAUUAAGUUAUGCGAAAAUGGUAUAAAGAUUAGUGAACGUUUAGAGUUAAACAUGCGAAAUCACGAAGACUUGAUAAAGAAUGACCCAUUUCUCAGAGAAGCAUUAUUUGAUGAAAAAACUGGACAUGUGAAAACAGCUGGAGAAGAGUACAAGUUACCAAAGUUAGCAGAGACGUUGAAAAUCAUAGCAGUGGAAGGUUCCGAUGCCAUGUACAACGGGUCGUUAACAUAUCAACUAGUGGAAGAUUUAAAAAAAGUCAAUGGCAUUAUAACCGUAGAAGACUUAGCCAAUUAUGAGGUAGAAGUUGAAGAAUCUUUUGCCGUAAAUUUAAAAAGCGGACAUACAAUACAUGUGGGGCCACCACCUAGUUCUGGUGUAAUCUUAGCCUACAUACUCCGAAUAUUGGAUGGAAUAUUGCCAGCACCAAAUUCUGGAUUAGACGCACAUCGAUUGGUAGAGGCUUUCAAAUUCGGAUUCGGUGAAAGGACACAUUUAGGUGAUCAUAAUUUCGUAAACAUUUCCAACAUUUACGAAAAAAUAUCAUCAGAUAGCUAUAUAGAUAGUAUACAAAAAAGAAUAUCCGAUAAUUUUACUUCAUUGGACCCAAAGUAUUAUGGUGCUGACUUUGAUAUGCCAGAGAACCACGGGACUGCUAACAGUGUCGUAACCGAUUCAUGGGGGAACACUGUCGUGGGAACCAGCACUUUAAAUAUAUACUUCGGUUGUGGUUUCGUGUCUCCGAGCACUGGUAUUACGUUAAACAAUGAAAUGGACGAUUUUUCUACUCCCGGAGUCACUAACUAUUACGGAAUUCCAUCUUCACCCGCCAAUUUUAUUGAGCCAGGCAAACGACCAAUGUCGUCAAUGUGUCCAACUAUAAUCACCGACAAAAAAGGAGACUUUGUUCUUGGUGCAGGAGCAGCUGGUGGAUCGAAGAUCACGCUUGCUACUGCCUACGUGUCAGCCCUUAAACUAUGGUACAAUAUGACAUUGAAAGAAGUGAUAGACAAACCUAGGAUCUACCACCAACUCGUUCCUAUGGAAGUUCAAUAUGAAUACGGAACGAUAAAGUCUGUUGUACAAAAACUUAAAGAUAUUGGUCAUCCGGUAUCUAGGUUAAAGAAUACCAUAGGUUCAGCAGCGACAGCAAUUGCCAAAUCUCCCUCAGGAAUGAUCGAGACCAUGCCAGAUUUCAGACGACCAGGAAAUUCAUCCGGAUACUAACAGGAUAUUAUGUUAAUAAUAGAUUAUGUUUAAUAAAUUGUUGUUGUAUAACGUACCUUGUAAGUUCCUAAAGCAAUUAUAACCACGGCCACCGAUUAUACUACACCACUAAUGACGUGCGGUAAAUAAUAUGUAUUGAUGUGUAAUGUUACUAUUUAGGUGUGUUAUUACUUUAUAUAUAGGCAAUACAAGUAUAUAAUUGUUCGCAAGUUCUAAUUUUUCAUAUAAAAUGUAUAAUAUAUAGGUAGGGUAAUUAUUGUAAUGAAAAUAUGAGGUCUAUAAUAUGUCUAAUAAUUCCAAUAAUUUUAAACAAUAUUCUUUCUUAAAAUAAUAUUUUAAUUUUAAACAUAACUACUUUGUUUGUAAUGUUAGUAAUGAAUUACUAUUAUGUUAAGUUCUUGCCUCUUGGUAACACCAAAUGUUGUUUAGUAUAAGUUUACCGUUGGUAUAAUAAGACGUAAUAACUAGGUAUAAAGAUAAUUGUGUAAUGAUUAAUUGAAUUUGUUCUAAAUUGUGACCAAAACUCCUGUAUACAAUCGAGUUAAUAAUGUUAAUUAUUUGUAUUUUAUAAAAACUUGUGUGUUAAACCAAUA